UGCCGCUGAACAUUAUAGAGGAGAAAUCCAACAUGGCCGCUAAGAGCCCUGAACUCUACCGCGAAGCGUUGAAAUACAUGAACAUUCAUAGCGGUAAGAUUGGCAGAUAUGCUGUACAGAGAACAAUCGAACAUUUAAAAAGGUGUAAUGUUGUCUUAGAUCAAGAUGUCAAAGAGAUGAGGAUUAACAUUCCAAAACCUGAGCAAAGAGGCGCAGAGUGAGUACAAUUUUAUCUACCUAUAUACUAAAAUUUCGAAGUGGCCGGCAGCCGGACAGGAUUUUGAAUAUAUUCUGCGUCCAGCAGACAAAAAUUUAGUCAGAAUUUCCCCUGAAAUGUUCUGUUAAAGUUCUUGUUGUUUAGAAAUGCUAAGCGGUUUCAAAACUCACUUUGAUCAUUUAGUAGAGGAAAUUUCUGAGCUUGUGCAUACGUAAAACAUCUAGAAAACAAUUCUGAUCUAGAACUCCCUAUGAUCCAGUCUAUUAAGAACGUGCCCGGUAGUGAUAAAUUUUCACCGAACUCCCACGUAAUACCCCAUCCAAACGUAUUAAAAGUACUCGAUGCUUGUUUAUAGAUGCAAGUGAUUUAAAAAAAAAUUCGUCGACCUAUAAACCAAAGUAAGUGGUAUCCGCCGCGAAGUUUCUGACUGCACGGAGUAUUUUCAAAUACCUGUCUGACUGCCUGGACAUUGUUUCUUUAGAAACUUACCCCCUUUGUUCGUUUGCCUGGUAUAAAGACGUAUUGCCAUGAUUUCAAGAGAUGUUUACAUUUCAUGAGGCUUAAUGUUACCUCAGUUUAAUUAAUUUUUCCCAAAACUAGUCAUACGAAGUUAAGAUAAUUAUCCUUUUAUCUCUCUUGCAGACGGUUCUUUUAUGAGAAUGUUCCACAGCUGAAGUUUAAAAAUCCACAUGUUGAAUUUUCAGGAUCACAAAAUCAAUCUGAACAGGCAGAACUCCUUAUAACAUUUAGUAAGUAGUAACAGCUAUGCUAUAUUGGUGGUAAAAUUAAACAGCAAGUAUUGACAUUCACAAGGGCAUGUCUAUGAUUUUCCAAAAGAAGGUUUCAAUACUAGUGUGUCAUUGGAACUGUAGCCCUUUCACUCCCAAGAUCUUACAUGGAAUUCUCCUUAAUGUCUGGCAUACAAUUCUUAUGAUGUUAGUUUGGGGAAUGUGGUAUUGGAUCAACUAAUUAUAUUAUCCCCUAAUUGAUAGAUUUCCUUAUUCUCAUCACUUGUCUACUCAAUAUUGUAAUGAUGUGGUAUGGAGAAAUUCUGUUGUGGUCACUCAUAGGAGGUAGGGUUGAGGAUUAUCAUCCUAUUGUACAAGGGGGUUUGGUGAGGAUGUUUCAUGUUUCAUGUUCAUGCACAUUUUGAACCUAACCACAUGAAAAGAUGGGAGGAAUCUGAAACCUCAGAUUUUUCAUUGGUCCCCUUUGAAAAAUGUACUCUGAAGGGUCAAAAUUUUGUUGGCUUCCUUGAAGAUUAGUCCAAACAACUUUUUUUGAGAGAUCCAUCACCAUUAACAUCAGCAGAACUCUAGAGAAAAGAGGGAACAUCCUUAGGCAAGGUUAAUGACCUUUAGAUUAUGCCUUUGAGCAUGGAUCCUGUGAUCUUGGUAGUCAAAACAGUUUUGGAGAUUUUUAAUUUGGAGUGUUUGAUUUUACUUUUGUUUUACUUUUCUUUAAUUUCAUAGUGGAUGAACGCCAAGAAAGAAUUCUGUUUGCAGAGAAGGAGCCAUCACAGAUCAUGCAAGAAGUUGUAAAACUUGCUGCUGCAACAUCCAGCUUAGGGUACGUAAUAUUAUUCCCAUGCAAAGAAGGUUUAAUGAAACAAGACCUCACAGCAGCAGAGUAAAUCUGGAAAAUUUACAGUUGGGUCCUAAUGAUGGGUGCUUUAAUUUGCUCUGAUCAAAUGACCUGGUAUAAACUAUGGUGAAAACCAGGGUAAUUCAGUAUUUUCAACUGAGUUGAUAGUGUAAAUUGGCCAGUAUCAAAGCUGACGUUUUGAGCUUUAGUGUUUCGCUCUAACAAAGGGCUAAAACUCAAAUUGUCAGCUUUAAAACUCUUUACAGUGGCCAAUUUAUAUUAUUAACUCAGUUAAUGAUAUUAAAUUACCUUGUUACACUCUCCCAUCAGCGCAGCACCACAGUUUCUUUAUAAAAUUACCUCCUCCAUGGUGAAAACCACUUUUGUUAACCCUCUUACUUCCAGAAUUAGAUUAACAUGUUACUUCUUCCCAUAAAAUCCAACAAACAUGUAAUAAAAAUACUCAGACUUAUCAAAGUUAUCUUGAUCCAACACCAAAUUCUCACAACACAUUUUCAAGGAAAUGUGUAACGGCUUGAGGGUAGAAUUAACCAGAUCUUGGAAGUUAAAGGGUUAAGACACCUGGGUAUAUAUAAUGAAUUAUGACAUUGUUAAUUAUCUUUCUCUUUUAUUGUGGUUCUUUCUCUCAUUUUUCAAAAAAAAAAAAGAAAAAACUAUCCCCCAGAUGACCAUGAUUAUGUAGAUAAGGAUCAUCCUUACUAAUAUUGAUUAAUUUUUCUCCACAGUGAUGGAAAUUCAUGACAAGUUGAAGGUACAUGUGUCUCUUGGAACCCUACAGCAUGAGCCAAAAUUGUCAUUCUAGACAUCAGUUAAGAAAUACAAAAACAGUUGUAUGCACGUCAAAUGACAAUGCAGUUAAUGCAAUCUCAAUUUCAUGGUCAACUUGUGGUAC